AGAAUGAUGCUGAGAAACAGCUCCUCAGUAACAGAGUUUAUCCUUCUGGGAUUAUCAGCACAGUCGGCACUGCAGCUCCCCCUCUUCUUCCUGUUCUUAGGGAUCUAUGUCUUCACCGUGCUGGGCAACUUGGGCUUGAUCGCCAUAAUUGGUCUGAAUUCUAGCCUUCACACUCCAAUGUACUUCUUCCUCUUCAACUUGUCCUUUAUAGAUCUUUGUUAUUCCUGUGUGUUUACCCCCAAAAUGUUGAAUGAUUUUCUGUCAGAGAAUAUUAUCUCCUACGUGGGAUGCAUGACUCAACUGUUCUUCUUCUGUUUCUUUGUUAAUUCGGAGUGCUGUGUCUUGGUAUCCAUGGCCUAUGAUCGGUAUGUGGCCAUCUGCAACCCUCUCCUGUACUCAGUUACCAUGUCGCCUCACGACUGUUGUUUGCUGAUGCUCGGUUCAUACGUGACAGGGUUCGUUGGGGCCAUGGCCCACACUGGAAGCAUGCUGAGACUCAGUUUCUGUGACUCCAGUGUCAUCCAUCAUUACCUCUGUGAAGUUCUCCCCCUCCUGCAGCUCUCCUGCUCCAGCACCUAUGUCAAUGAGCUUGUGUUUUUCAUUGUUGUUGGAAUGGUUAUCACAGUGUCCAGUGUCAGCAUCUUCAUCUCUUAUGCUUUGAUUCUUUCCAGCAUCCUUCAGAUUCCUUCUGCUGAGGGCAGAUCUAAAGCUUUUGGCACCUGUGGCUCCCACCUCACUGCGGUUGUUCUGUUUUUUGGAUCAGGGGCUUUCACCUAUUUAACAACCUCUUUUUCUGAAUCAAUGGAACAAAGCCAGUUUGCCUCAGUCUUUUAUACCAAUGUGGUUCCCAUGCUUAACCCUUUGAUUUACAGUUUGAGGAAUAAAGAUGUUAAACUUGCCAUAGAUAAAACAUUGAAAAGAGUGCUCUUCUAA